UUUUUUAAACUGUCUUCAUGGACGAGCGUACUGCAUCCAAUUUUCGUAAUGGAAACUGAAGAACAACCGACGGAGGAAGAAGAAAACUUGCCUAUUCUCUGAUUAUGGCUGCUCAACAUCAUCCAUUUCUUGAUUCGCCAUCUUCCCAUCAGAUUAUAGCACUGCGUAUUGAUGGUUCUGCUUCACUACCGUUGGAUCUACUUCUGACCACGAAUAGAAGAAAUAGGCGAUCCUCUGUGAAAUCCAUUAAUGCAGGAGGAUUAAUACACCAUGAUUUGGUAGAGGCUCCUAGAGCUGGGAUAAUUGACAAGGAUGAUGAGAAAGCUUCUUCAAUAGCAAUUAUUGAAGCAGCUCUUAUAAAAUUGAGAAAUGAUAUUGCCAUUGCUUUCAGGGUGUUUAGCCUGGACAAGAGGAACCUGAACUCGAAAACAUUCAAGUUCUUUGAUGCUGUGGAGGAACACUAUAAAUGUUUUUCCAGAUUUUCUGACAAGAAGCAAAGGGCUAUUCUAUUCCUGUGGUGGGAUGACAAGCCAAAGAAAAGAUGAGUCUCCAGAAACAGGAGCCAAGAGUAGUCCAAUUGUUCAAAUAGACACUUUGUUCGCAGGAAUUGAUGGUGGGCUUGUCAAGGAUGCAUUGGCAAAUAUGGAUACCCUUUUCCACAUGUAAUGAUGUAGAGUCAGGGAGCACAGAGCAAAGAAAAGGCUGCAAUUACUGUGGCCAUGUGCUCCUCAAAGAUUCAACAUUCUUGCAUUUGUGGUGACAGAUACUCGAGAGUUCCCCUAUGAAACUUCAUUUGUGUGAUCAUUGGAUUGGAGGCUACCUUUCGGCCUAUCAAUCUCUUACAUAUCUUAAUUUCUGUUGUUAUUAUUAUUAUUAUUAUUAUUAUUAUUAUUAUUAAGUUGUUGCUACGUGUUGAUGAGGUGAGUUUAGAGCCAGAGGGAGAGAAUAAUUCGGUUCUUUCAGUGUUUUCGUGUAUUUCAUUUUAAAAUGCUAUAUUAAUGUUUUUCCCCCUUUUGUGGCU